AUGGCCACCAUCUCUUUCUUUGCUUCACUUUUCUUAUCAACUUUCUUGCUUCAUUUGUGCUUGUUCUAUGGGGUGGGUGCCGGCGAUCCGGCUAUUGGGUCCAAUAGGGAAGCAUUGGAAAUUAUUAUAGGCGGCGGUGGUGGUAGCAACUAUCCUGCUCCUCCUCCUGAAAAUGAAAACUGUCCUCCUCCCCCUCCUGAACCUGAAUGUCCCCCACCUCCAUCGCCACCUCCACCUCCCCCUCCUGAACCUGAAUGUCCCCCACCUCCGCCGCCUCCACCUCCGCCGCCCCUAUCUCGACUUCAAUUAGUCUACCCCGUACUUACACGUUUCAGAAACCUAGUCAAGCAUGACCCAUUUAAUAAAUUGGCCUCAUGGGAUCGCAAAGAUAAAGACGUAUGCAAAUUCAACGGCUUAACCUGCGCCACUGUUCCGAAGUACAACCAAAGAGCACUUGCUGCGGUGGACUUCAACGGCUUUCACUUAGGUGGUAGUAAGGACGGCCUCCUUCUCUCAAAGUUCGUUGAAAUGUUACCGGACAUAACCGUGUUCCACGCGAACUCCAACAAUUUCACCGGUGGCAUCCCCAGGGAUAUCUCAAAGCUUCCAUACUUCUACGAGCUAGAUCUUAGCAACAACAAGUUGGAAGGGCAGUUCCCGAUGGAAGUUCUUCGUGCCAAACAGCUCACCUUCUUGGACCUCCGGUUUAACAAUCUUCAAGGCACGGUUCCACCCCAAGUGUUCUUGCUAGACGUGGACGUAAUCUUUAUCAACAACAACAAUUUUUACCAGAAUCUUCCUUAUAAUCUUGGCUCUACGCCAGCCCUUUAUCUCACUUUUGCCAACAACAAGUUCACAGGGCCAAUCCCGCCAAGCAUUGGCAACGCCAAGGACACCCUCAUUGAGGUGCUCUUCUUGAACAACAAGCUUACAGGGUGCUUGCCAUUUGAGAUUGGAGGUGCUUAA